AUGUUAUUAUCAACCCAAGGAAACACGCGAACAAUAGCUCUGCAGAGACUUUAUCAAUUAGAACAAAGAUUCAAGAAAAACCCAAAACUAAAAAACGAUUAUGCUACGGUUAUGAAGGACUACGAAUCAAAUUACAUGGAAGAGGUACCCAGACACGAAAUGAACAAUCCAUCGAUUUACUUACCGCAUCAUGCUGUUGUUAAGGAAGAAAAGGAAACUACAAAAAUUAGAACAGUAUUUGAUGCAUCACAAAGAGGAACCAACAACAUCUCACUCAACGACGAGCUGUUGGUGGGUCCACAGCUACAAGGAGACAUGAGAAGUCUUAUAAUGAGAUGGCGGAUGAAAAGAAUCUGCUUUGUAGUGGAUAUGCAAAAAAUGUAUCCCCAAAUCAUGGUCACGAAAGAAGACAGGGAUCUGCAACGAGUACUUUGGAGAUAUGAUCCUGUCAAGGACUACCGACUUACCAGAGUCACGUUCGGAACUGCUUCUGCUCCUUACUUGGCAGUAAGGACCUUGCACCAAGUAGCUCAUGACGAAGGCCAAAACUAUCCCAAUGCAGCAAAAAUAUAA